UGGCGGUCGGUUUUUGGCGUGAACGGAGCGAAGUCCCGGUUGAGCGAUUGCACUUCAGACAUCGGUUGGAUAGUUGUUCUUUCUUAAAAUAAGAGGCGCAAUAGAAGGGACGACAUGAAGUGACAGACCGCAGGGAAGGACUUACUGUAUCAAUGUCAAAACUCUCACGGUCCUCCAAAUCCAGAAAAUGCUGUCUUCUUUUUUUUCAGGUGUGUGCAUCCAUCGAUGACCGGAUCCUGUGCAUGCAUGGUGGCUUGUCCCCAGAACUGGAAGACUUUGAUCAGAUACGAAGCAUUCAGCGUCCUGCGAAUGUCGGGGAAGUUGGGCUUUUGGUCGAUCUCCUGUGGUCGGAUCCAAACCCAAGCGUUGAGCUUUGGGCGGACAAUGAUCGAGGAGUCUCCUUCACCUUUGGCCCAAAGGUUCUGAACACCUUCCUGCAAAGACACAACUUAGACCUCGUUUGUCGUGCCCAUCAAGUUGUGGAGGACGGAUACGAAUUCUUUGCUGGUCGAAGGUUGGUGACGGUCUUUUCGGCUCCCAAUUACUGCAAAGAGUUCGACAACGCAGGUGCCUUGAUGACCAUCGAUCAAGACCUGAGAAUCUCGUUCCACGUUCUGAAGCCAAAUUUGGGUUAAUCCAAGAAAAGAUCCGCCGUUUCACAGAACCAAAUUUGAACGAAUAUGGAAC